GCAACUCGAAUGCGUGCACGAGGGUGUUUCGGAACAAACGCGACAACCCAACUGGAGAAUAAAAUUACCGCAGGCACCGAGGUGUGUUGCGAUCCCCCUGGAUGCCACAAAAGAAUAAAGUCCCUUCUUUCCUCCAAGUCUUCGUGUUUCGGAAGGAGAGAGAGGGUUGGAAGAUAAAAAAAGGGCCAUUUUUGCCGACCAGAGACAAAGAGAUCGCCAAGGGUAUAACAAAGGGCGGUGCUGAACUGCCCUGAUCAAGAGACAAGGGGGAAAAAGAGACCUGGCGCGCUUCACCGUCAUGUAAACGACGAAGAAUACUUUGUACACCAUCACAGGACCCCCGAAAGCAGACGAGAAUGCGCUCCUUUGACGGCUGGCCGGGUACAUGAACCAACUGGACUCGUCAAAAUCUACAACAAAAAGGAUCUUUUAUCGUCAGCAAACUAUACAAUCUCAUCCAGUUAUUAGCAACUGAGGUUUCAGCAACCCCAUCCAAGACGCGCAUUUCCAAAAAAAAGACUACUCCGUCAAACAAAACUACUCCCGAAAAUGUGCGCCUACGACACCAUCCUCUACAAGUGCGACUUUUGCGGCGAGGUCUACCGCGAAGAGCACAGCCUCCUCCAGCAGUGCGGGCGACUUGCCCAGGAGGAGGAGCAGUCGUCUUCGUCGUCCCAGGAGCCCGAAGAGGUCAGCAGCAACAGCUAUUUUGAGUCCAACUGCCCCAGCAAGAAGCACCACGGCAAGCACACGUCCCUGACGGGUCACUGUGGCUCCCGCAGCUGCAAGGAGCAGUACAAUUCAUUUCACUAUUGA